AUGGCAAUCAUUGUGGUUCGAAAUCGAGGCAAGAAGCUUCCGGUUCUGAUGGGAAGGAACUGGUUAGAAAAACUACGCUUGGAUUGGAGUCUUGUCGGGCAAGUCACAGCUGAUUAUCGUGUCGAGGAAAUGCGUAAGAAAUUUCCAGACGUGUUUGAUUCAAGUCCGGGACUCAUAAAGGAAUUCCAAGCGAAGAUAAUCGUCAAGGACGGCAGCACACCAGUGUUCUGCAAGGCUCGAUCCAUUCCUUUCGCUGUAAGAAAUGCUGUAGCUGAGCAGCUGGACGAACUCGAAAAGACCGGCAUUGUAAAACAUGUUACACAGAGUGAAUGGGCCACUCCAUUAGUAGUGGUGCCUAAGAAGAACGGUGAGGGCCUAAGACUUUGCGGCGAGUACAAAGUGACUAUUAAUCCAGUGCUUCAAACGGAACAUUAUCUGUUACCGCACCUCGAAGAACUUUGCUCUGUUUUGGCAGGAGGCAGUGUUUUCUGUGUCCUUGAUUUGUCCUCUGCUUAUCACCAGAUUGAAGUGGCACCCGAAUGUCGUCAGCUGCUGACGGUCAACACACACCUGGGACUUUACCAGUUUCAAAGAUUACCGUUUGGUAUAUCAAGUGCACCUGCCAUAUUCCAGUCCCUGAUGGACAAGGUUUUGAAGGACAUACCUCAAGUAGGUCGUUACAUUGAUGACGUGAUUAUUGCUGGGAAGGACAUAGAAGACUGCAGCAAUCUCCUAGAGACGGUCCUUAAAAGGCUUAACAAGUAUAAUUAA